CACACACACAGACACACACACUUAAUUAUUUUUUCUUCCCCCUCUUUAUUCAUUAUACACCAUGUCCAGUUCAAGUCAACGAGGAGGAGCACUUAUAAAACGCGACCCUUGGUAUUACAACCCUACAUUUCUUUGGCUUGUAAAGUCAACCGCCAUCAACUUUAUCUUGCCCUUCUUUAACGGUGUCAUGCUUGGCUUUGGUGAAAUCCUUUCCAACGAAGUACUCUUCAAAUACGGUUGGUUUGGUUUUACUCGACCCAAUGCUGUUGGCAUUCACGGUAUUCCUUCCAGUGCAACAAGUGAAUAUAAAAAAGCCGUCUCGAACGAAAUCAAACGUGAACAGAGACUACAACAACAAGAACCUUUGCUUUUAGACUAAAUAAUUAAACCUCAAAAAUAAAAUAAAAAAACAAAAAUAGUGUAUGAUGGCUCCCUUCUUUUUCUAUUUCCUGUUAUUCGUUUUUUUUUUUUUACAGGUACAUCAUGGCUGUCAUAGUUUUUCAACCCUUUUCUCUACUUGACCACAACUUGUCCAAUCACAGCACAAAAAAAAGG